AUGCAGUCUAAAUCCAAGAAAUAUGAAGAAGAGACACCAUCUCUGCACUGGGGGAUGGAUCCUGUAUUUUCUGCCUUUGCAAGACUUUAUAUUAAAGAUAUAAAAGAAAUGAGAGAAUCUAAACAGGUGCCAGGUAUAUUCUUUUAUAAUGGACAUCCAAUAAGGCAGGUGGAUGUCGUUGGGAUAGUGGUUCUAACGAAGGAGAGAGAUGCCUUUUAUAAUUAUGGAGUGGAUGAUAGUACUGGAGUUAUAAAUUGCAUCUGUUGGAAAAAUCCCAUGAUAGCAGAAAUGCCUUUUUCAGGUCAUCCAAGCAUGCUCAGCAAUCUUACUGUGCUUGAACAGAUGAAGAAACUCCAAGAAGCAGUGAGCCAGAAAACCAAGCUGGAGAUCGGGGAUGUCAUCAGGGUCAGAGGUCACAUCCGAACCUAUAGGCAACAAAGAGAAAUUCAUGCUUCAUGUUUUUAUAAAGUGGAUGAUCCUGUGUAUGAUGUUCAGAUUUCAAGAAUGCUGGAGCUCCCCUGUCUCUAUAGAGAAGUUUAUGAUAAACCUUUCCAAUGCCCUGAGGAAGGACAGAGGUAAAUGCAUGGCCAGAAUAUUUCAAUCCAUACGCUGCAUGAGAAAAUGCAAGGCUUCCUACUAGAAAACCGAAUUCAGACCUUUUACCAGCAGGAGCUGGAAACAAUUGAUACCCUGGUGUCACUGGCUGGAGAAACUUUAACAUCAUCAGGGUGUGUUGUGAAGUCAAAAAGUAACUCCAGUUCCAAAAGGAUUCACAGUGCUUUUAAGGAAGCAAUAAAGAUGCUACAAGACAAAGGAGUGGUUUUCCAGAAACCUAGUAGCUCCAAGGACUUGUACUACGUGACUGACCAUGAUAAGGAGCUGCUUAAGGUGACCCUUGAUGUGAUUAAAGAAGACUGUCGAAAGCCCAGGCAUGCUGAAAAAGGAUGCCAUUUCCUCCAUGUCCUGAGCUGUGUUCAGCAGAGCUACAACCCCUCUCUGGCUGAAGUGGUGGUGCACCGUGUCUUGGAACUGCUGGAGAGUAACAGUGAUAUUGUCAGCACUAUGGAAGGAUAUUAUAUGGCAUUUUAA